AAAUAAUAGAAAAAACUUUGUUUUAUCUCAGGGAACUAAUUUCUAUUCUUCGACCAUCAUAUUUUGCAUGAGAAUGUAGUGAUAAUAGUUAUUCGCCUUUUAGCGGGAAUUUUUAAAAUUUUGACGAUUUGCGGUUGUCUUGACGAUUUGCGGUUGUCUUGACAACCGAAACAUAUGAUUCACCACACCUUGAUUUCUUCAUUUUAGAAAUUUGCAUUUGAUUUAUUUAAUUUGAUUCAUUUCACAAUUUCGGUAUAUUUGGAUUACUUGUAGCGUUGUGCAUAAUUUCUAGUAAAAAUAAACAACUUUCUAGAGCAGAUCCCAUUAAAACAAAAUGUCAAAGAAAAUAAUUAACGGGAGUUUAUGGUGUGCCGCGCAUGCUCAGUAAAUUAUUUUGACAGUGAUGAAAAUUUGACCUAACUAAAAGUCAAUUGCCGAUUGCUGGGCACACUAUUUUUGCUAUUUGUGAAGAGUGCGUGAAUAUGGUGUAUUAUUAGCAAUGUAUUACUCAUUUUAGAUUAUAAUUGUAACGUGUUAAAUAGUUUCAGUUCUGUUCGGUGUAUAUUAUUAUAUUUUACUGUUAAAUAUAAUAAAUAAGAAUGCAAGCUACGUUGCCCGGUCUCAAUCAGUAAUGGCGUUCAGCCGUUUUCGCAAUCUAAUCUGGGGAUAUGGAUUUGAAAUGAUACUUGAAAACGAAAUAUCAGCUUGAGGCAAGUUCCAUCAAUAACUGCACAUUUUUGUGGUAGAUUUAUUUCCAUUUACUUAAUACUUGUACCACAACUUAAGGAAGUUUUUAACUUGUAUAAACCUGUCAAAAAACCUGUGCUAGUGCUUGUGCCCUCGAAGGAAAACUUAUGGGAUACGAAUUUUCCCACUUCAGAACUUUUUAAAUUAAACUGUGAUAGUACAAAAUGUGAUAAAUAACUACCUAUCGAAAAAUUUAAUUUUUUUUCAAGUGACUCAUUUUCACAGGACUUCUCUCUUUGUUUUUUCCUAUGUUUCUACAUUGCAGUACAACCUUAAGUAGGAUUUGAAGGAAUCACGAAAGCAAGAUGGAUAAAGGGGACCAGAAGAAAAAUUCAAAACACAGAGGUGUCAGCGAGUCUCACAAUACAAGACACAGCGUUAACUCAAGCUCAGGUGUCUUAAUGGUAGGACCUAAUUUUCGCGUUGGCAAAAAAAUUGGCUGUGGUAACUUCGGUGAACUGCGACUUGGAAAGAACUUGUACAAUAACGAACAUGUUGCCAUUAAAAUGGAACCCAUGAAAUCUAAGGCACCACAGCUACAUUUGGAGUAUAGAUUUUAUAAACUGCUUGGUAGUCAUGAGGGCAUUCCAGAAGUUUAUUACUUCGGUCCCUGUGGAAAAUACAAUGCGUUAGUAAUGGAACUUCUAGGACCCAGCCUUGAGGACCUUUUUGACUUAUGUGAACGUAGAUUUUCUUUAAAGACUGUUCUUAUGAUUGCUAUUCAGCUGUUGCACCGAAUAGAGUAUGUUCACACAAGACACCUGAUCUAUAGGGAUGUAAAGCCAGAAAAUUUUCUCAUUGGCAGGCAGAGUACAAAAAGGGAGAAAAUAAUUCAUAUUAUAGAUUUCGGCUUAGCUAAAGAAUAUAUUGAAUCAGAAACAAAUAAACAUAUACCUUAUCGAGAGCAUAAGUCUUUGACAGGAACGGCAAGAUAUAUGUCUAUUAAUACCCAUUUGGGCAAGGAACAGUCGCGGCGAGAUGAUUUGGAGGCCCUAGGUCACAUGUUCAUGUACUUUUUAAGAGGCUCCUUACCUUGGCAAGGCCUCAAGGCUGAUACAUUAAAAGAGCGUUAUCAAAAAAUUGGGGAUACUAAGAGAGCUACUACCAUCGAUACGUUAUGUGAAAAUCAUCCUGAAGAAAUGGCCACAUACCUUAGAUAUGUUAGACGAUUAGAUUUUUUUGAAAUGCCCGACUACGAGUAUCUACGAAAUUUGUUCACUAGUUUAUUCAAGAAAAAGGGCUAUGUUGAUGAUGGAGAAUUUGAUUGGACUGGAAAAACAAUGAGUACACCAGUAGGUUCACUUCAAACUACGGCUCACGAUGUGGUUAUAUCUCCUAACCGAGAACGACAUUCCGCUCCAAAGGCUAAUAAAAACACAGCAUGGCCUGAAGCUUCAAAGCAAAGCACCUUAGGAAACUUAACUCCUGCGGAUCGACAUGGUUCUGUGCAAGUAGUGAGCUCUACAAAUGGCGAACUGAACACCGACGACCCAACUGCAGGACAUAGUAAUACGCCUAUUACACAACAUCAAGAAAUUGAAUUGUUGGAUGAGACCAAGUAUGUGAAAUGUUGCUGCUUUUUUAAGAGGAAGAAGAAAAAAAAUCCCCGUUCAAAAUGACUACAAUACAGUGAGACAGACCAACACCUCACACUGUUGCCAUGUGGCCACAGCAGCGCGGCAACGUUAACUUGAUGAACCUAUUUUUUGUGAGAUGACCAUUGUUAUGAACUUAUUUAAAUGACUAAUUAUUAUAGGUUAGCCUUAAUUAUAUCAUUAUGAAAAAAAAUAAUAAUUUAAAUCUUACCAUAUCUGUGAAUACAGGUUUUGAACUGCCAAAAUACCAACGACAGUUUUUUUAAAUCAAUUAUUUUGCCAAUUUUUUUUAUUGUUAUACAUUGAAUAUCGUUUAUAUUGGACAUUGAAGGAACUGACGAAAUUCUAGAUCUCUAUUUCAAAAUAAUACUCAAAAAUAUAUAUGUAUUUUUGUGAUAAAGAAAAAGCGGGAAAAUAACAUGCACAUUUUACUACUAAUCAAAGAACUUUCGUAAAAUUCUUUCAGAGAUUUCAGAUUUCAGAGACAAUUUGAGUAUUUGAAAAUUACAGAACCGAGACGUGAAAUACCUAGACCUACCUGCAAGCAAUAGUACCAACUGGAUGAGUUUAUCUUUCCAGUCGCCUUUUCAUAAAUCGUUAAUUCUCCUAGAGUACAUUGUCGUUCUUUUUUCUACAAGUUGAGAGUAUAUUAAACCAAAUUUCACCAAUUUUUCCGUUGCUAUAUUAGUUUGGUCGAAGUAUCCGAUAUUCCUACAAUUAUUAGGUCUCACAUAAGAAGUAUUAUUUCCAGUUGGAACUUUGAAAUUUGGUCCCAAUAACCGAUAUGUCAAAUUUUGUUAUAAAUGAUAUGUGUGCCAGUUAAAGAUAUAAUUUUGGAAGUGGCCUCAAAUUUGAUUUUUCUAUGUAUAAUAAUUGAUUCAUUAAAUAAUAAUAAUUGUACUAAAAGUUUGACCAUGCAGUUUAUUUAUUAUUGCAAGUGGUGCAAUUAAUAAAUUAUUUAUUACAGAAUAUUAUUUUUUAAAAAAAUGUGUUGUCCGUAUUUUUGCAGAUAUAAAUCAUUGGUCGCGUCUUACAGAAGCCUUACUCGUUGUUUCUGUACAUUUAUUAUCAUACUAUGGAGUCGUUAACAUUUCACUUUGUCAUUUUUUUUCGUCAUUAUUUAUUACCAAAUACUAUGUUUUAUAGGAUCCUAAUUUUAAUUUUUUUUUUUAGUUUUAGCGCGUGUUGUAGUAAAUUUGUUAUUCUCUAUUUUACUUAUCUGGAGAGAUAAUAGCCUUACGAGUAUUGUGAUUAUGUUGACUAAUUUUUGGUCAAGUUUUUGUUUAUGAGUUUAAUUUUUUCCAGUGGUGUAUAAUAUUUUUGCUAUUUUGGAAUAUGUACUUGUCUGCAAAAAGUCCAUGUUCCAAUAAUUAUAAAGAUGUACUAUUUUUAUUGAGUCCAAUAUGUUUAAAGCUGUUUCAAAUGAAAUAUGUUACCGCCUGAAAUAAUCGAAAAGGUACCUAUAUCAAAAUAUUCAAUUCACAAUUGUAUUGCAAGUACUUUUUCUUCUCUAUGCUGAGCGGUCGGGUUUUGUAGACUUACCUUCAAAAGUCAUAAUAGCCACUCCUCUAUCAGCAGUGGAACUGAGCAAAAUUUCAGGCCCAAUGCAAUAUUUUAAUCCUUUUCGCAAAUACCACAGGUACCAAGAUUUAGGUUGGUGUUUUGCGUUGUUUGUUCUUCUGUAAACCCAAUGCCUGAAUGUUGUUGACAUGUCAAUAUUGAAAUUAUCAGUAUAUUAGCCAAAUUUGAUAAGUGUGUUUUUAUUAUGAGAAUGGUAGGGUUUUCUGCCUAUUUUUUCACUUACUCUUUGAAAAGGACCUGUUAUUUCAGAAAAAAAAUAACAAAUUGAAAUUAGACAAAACUGGAAUGAACAGUAGAAAGUGGUCAAUUCUUUGAGAAGUCCGCCAAUUUUUUCAACACUUCGCGUCCCAAAUGUCAUCAUAAAAUUGAAAACCAAGAUGGCACUUUCAUCAAAAACUAGACCCCUGGACAAGCUUGGCUUAUAUAUCCUAAUCAAAAGAUACUUUACAAACCUCUUUUUCGUCGAAAAGACUGAUUUUUUUAAAAAACAUUUGAUUGAAUUUAUAAAAAAUUGACGUUGAAAAAUAUGCUAUUUUAUUGGAAAUAGGUGCUACAAACUUGAUAUUGCUUAAGAAUGUAGUCCAUAUUUCAUUUGAAAUUACCUUUACAUUGUAAAAUAAACCUAAAAUUGCAUUCGAUAUUUUGUCAAAACUGUUAUUUAUACCUAGGUAUGUGUUUUUUUAAAAUUUUUGUAUUGAUACAAACAAAUAAUACACCAUUGGAAAUAAAUAGAACAUUGUGAAAAUCUUAUAUAAUCUAUGUAAAUUAAUCUAAUUUUUUUUCUAGUAAACAAGGCAGAACGAUGUAAUUUUCAAUUUUCAUUUUAAUGGUUUUAUAGCUUCAAGCUUCAAUUCUUUUGUAAAUAAUGAAUUCCUUAUUAAAUUUUAACAAGAGUUUAUAAAUUAGUUAUCAGCUUUUUAUCAAGUAUUUAAAAAGGAGUGAAGUAAUUUCCACUGCAAUUGUAUUCUUCCUCUAGAUGUAAACUCUGAUAAACUAGUUUGCAUAUUAUUUAUGUUUGUUUUAUUUAUAUGUGACUGCUCCAAAAUGAAAACUUGCAUGUACUUACUGCAUUCUUAAUACCUAUACAAAUUUUAAAUUUGUUUUUAAUUUUUUUUCUGUUUUGCAAUUAUUAAUAUGUUAACUUAAAAUUUAAAAGCUUAUGAAACAAAAAAAACUAGGGUUUAACUUAAAAAUAUAGAGUUAUAAGUAUAACUAAAAUAAACUUUGGGAUAGCAUAUUACACUCAAAAAAUAAAUAAAUAAAUAAUAAAAUAGUUGUGAUGUUGUCGGAUUGCUACAAUUUUUUUUUAAUAAAAUGUGUAAAUUGUGACAGCUUUUUUCAGCCAUGUUUUUGGUAAAUCCCAUCAUUAAAAAAUUGGAACUAUAGAGACAUAGAGGUAGUGUUAAUAGUGAUUAAUUUUUUCUUGUUAUAUAAUGUUGUUAAUGGUUUAUUUGCCUCACAAAGUAGAUAUUGCAAAAACCAGUGAGCAGAUAAUGAUAUUUUCUGUAGCUGAAUAAUUAAAAUUUGCGAGUAUAAUUAUAAAAUUUGCCUCCUCUCAGGAUAAUUUUCCAAUAAACAAACAAACAUUUUGGUAUGUAACUAAAAAAGCCUGUAAAAUUCGAGAAGUGAGGGAAAGAUUCUUUAUAUUCUGGAAAAAUUGCCUAUAAUUUUUUUUUGACUAUUUACGCUCUUACAGGAGCAUUUAUUUCAAAAUAAAACGCUUCCAUAGUUUACUUGAAUAAUUUGAAGAAUAUGUAUUCGUAUGACAAAUAAUUAUAAGCUGUGAUUAUUGUAUCUAUAAUGUAUAUCUCCUUAUUCACAUGAUAUAGGAUCUCCAGUUCCAAAUAAAUGACUAGGAUAUCUGUGAUUCAAUUUAAUUUGAUUUAUCAUCAGUACUGCUUUUGUUGGAACUAUAAUGUGUUUUAAAAAAUAUUUCUAUGUAUUUCAAAACAUAGGUAUUGUGCAUAUGUUAUUAAAACAUUGUAAAAUGAUGUUAACUGAUCAAAGUUGGGUCAUUAUUUGUCAGUUCCAAUGGACCCUGCCACAGCCUCCUACAUUUAACAAGCCAUGAAGUUAAAAAGGCAACACCGCAAUCUUACCGCCAAGUGGUGCUGGUGGUGUUUGUUUGUAUAAAUAUAUAUUUUUUAUUUUAUUAAUAUGAAUCACAAAAAAUGCAUAAUUUAUUGUACUAAAGGGCCAAAAACAGUAGUUCAAUGAAUAAUUUAACUAUUUGUGUAAAUAAGAACAGUAAAUAAUUGAUUUAAAUGAAUAUAUUUCUAGAGUCUAAAGUGUUAUAGGCCUAUGUUUCAGUAUGUCUUUUGAAAAUCUAACUUUUUCUUUCUUCGGGAUUUUUUCGGAAGGCAAGUCCAUUCAAAUACUUGAGCUGAUUUUCGAAAAUAAGAGGUACCUACUUUUAAGAGUUGGACGUUUUAGUUUGAACUCUCGAACUACGCCUUUAUCCUUGUUUGUUUCAAAUCUAAUUAUUUCGGUUUCUUCAAAAUGUUUACAACACACCACAGAAUUUUCCGUUAUUGUAUAAUCUCGGGUAUAAUUAUCUUGGUGUAUUGCUUUCAUUUACAUUUUUUGCAAUUCUGAUUUUUUUUUGAAAUAAAAAUGUUUGCAUUUCUUCAGUUUUUAAGGAACUCCUAAUAGUUCGAUUUGCACCCAGGAACACAGUAGUUUCAUGGCAUCUGGAACAAGUUUAAAUAUCUUAGGUAAUAUAUCGAGACCUAUGCUCUUGCAGACAAAUAUUAAUAUUGUUUUUAUUGUUUUACCUUACCUUACCUUCAUUUUUGCUCCUGUACCCAUUUGCUAAAUAUGGGCAAUAUAUUGGUGUGUUUCUAUCCACUUUUUCGUCAAUAAUGCCCAUAAAAAUACUAAAUUUCAACAAUACACAAUGAACGCAAUACACAGAAACACAUAACCCAAUAACAAAAUAGCACCAUACGCGACGUUGCCGUCAUUUCCAACUUCAUAGCUUGUUAAGUAUAGGAGGCUGUGACCCUGCUCAAAGUAUACGGAAAUUGUGUUUAUGUCAGAAUUGGCUGAAUUUUGUAUAUAACGUAGAUCACACCUUUCUGAUUAAAAGUUACCAUUGCACCAAUCCUGAAAAAUGACUCCACGUAGUACACCACUGCACCACAAGCUUACCUAUUCUACACCUAUUCGUGAUACAUUGAACGUCCAUUACAAUGUCCAAGCGUUUUAGUUCUACCUAUGAAACUAAUUUUCUCAAAAAGGAGUAAUUUUUCAGGAUUGGUGCAAUAGUAACUUUUAAUCAGAGAGGUGUGAUCUACAUUAUAUACAAAAUUCAGCUGAUUCUGACCCAAACACAAUUUCCGUAUACUUUGGGCAGGGUCCUUUAUCCUUGAAUGAUAUUUGUUUCACGCAAUGUAAUUAUUUAAUUGCCUUGGCUUCCUUCAGGCCACGGAUUUGUGAUUGAAAUUUAUUCAAACAUAAUGCUGAAUUUUUCAAAAGAUAUGAUGACUUAAAGAACUGGCUAACCAUUGAAACUGCUCCGCUAUGUCUUUGUAGUUAUGUUUGUCUGAUUCGUAUUGAAAUUAUCCCAUUUUAAGGCAUACCUGUGCCGAAAGAAUCAAUUAUUAUUUAUUUCAUUAUCUGGGUAUGAAACCAUAUUAUAACAAAGAUUUUUAAAACUAGUUGUAUUUUUAUUUGAUAGGUAAAUAUUAAGAUUGAAUCUUUAUUUGUAAUGGAUAUCGGAUUUUAGGAAAAUUCACAUAACCAAUUGGAUACUUUUAGGUGCACUUCUAUACAAUAUGAGUGAGAUUAUCAAAAUUAACUAAAAUAUACAUUGUCAUAUACUAGGGGCACCACCUCCGAAAUUCCCACUAUCAUUAAAAAAAAUCUAAGCUUCCCUCGACUCCCUCGGAUUUUCCUAAUAAUGCAAGCUCCACCGGAAAAGUUCUUAGGUGGUACACAGCUGUCCAAUGGAAAUUGUUUUGAAUGAUGACAAUGCCCUAAGUAUUCAAAACAAGGUGCUUGAAAGACAAAAUUGUUAUCAGCUAUAGGAUCCUAAAAAGAAAUACUUGUGCCAAUUGUGAUUUAUUGAUAAAAAAGAUCUUAUUUAUAGAAGAAAAUGGGUAACCUAAUUGAAGAAUUGCAAUAAUGUACAGGCUCUACAAAACCUUGACAAGGCAAGAACUAAAAAACACAAUUUCUUAGAAGGGGAAGAAAAAAGGAAAGCCAUUGGGUAAUGCUGAAACGUGGAAAGAGAAAAAACUUGUUUUGACCCGGGAUGGCGAAAGAGGCUGGAUUUAUCUCAACUAGGUGAAUAGGCGAGUGCCGCCUGGCAUUAUUAUUGACUUCAUGAAAAGUGAGCCAGGAUUCGACAAUGUUAAUAUUAUAUUAUCGUCCAACCAACCAGAAGUUACAUAAAUAUGUAUCGCCUGUCAGGGGGAGAUUUCAUUUUACGAGAAGGGUAUGAACCACAAAAGAUAGUAUUUCCAGUACGAUCAUCAUGCAAUUAACAUAUAAGAUGAUAUAAGUUCACUACAUAAUAAUAAUGUUCUUGAGCAAGAUAAGGGUUUGUACCAUCCGAUAACAGAAAAAGGUACAAUGCUAUAAUGUAUGGUCUUCUAGACGUUGGAAAUUGUAAUUCUGAGACUCCAAUAUUAUUCUGUUGAUGCAAAAUCUAAUUUACUUUUGCUCACUUUUGGAUGAAGUUGUGGCGAUUAGAGACAUCGCGUUCCGUGAGAAUCAGCGUCUGCAGAGCGGUAAAACCAUGCCCGGGAAACUUUUAUAGAUUUUUGGACAGAUCCUUGUUCAAAUCUUAUUAAAGUUAUUUAUAUUACUCAUCGUCUUAAUUGUUUCUCUUGAUAAUAAUCAUUAAUCCCUAACAAUCAUUUGGCAUUUCGGGUCGGGCGAUUUUUGUUCAAAAUGCAAUGAAACUUUCAUGUAAGUGUUAUUUUCAUUUGUUUUUUUUUAAAAGUUGUUUGGUGUGCUUCAAAAAUAGUAAUAGAGAAGCCUAAAUUCUGAUUUUUCCAAAAGACAAGAGGCGAUUUCGGCAAGCUUUGGUACAUGGUUUGGUACCCUGUUUGGUCUGUCAAAUGCAUACCAACCAAUUUCGGAUACGAAAAUUAUGUCGUCACCGUGACUUUGGUAUCCUUUUUGGUCUGUCAAAUAGGAUACCGUGGUCAGCAGCACGGUUCUUCUAUUUGGUAUAGUGCUAUCUACGUCUAUUUUCGUUUUGUCCUGCUCUGGAAAAUGUAAAUAAAUGGAAGUUCAUUAGAAUUUGAAUAAUUUGAAAUUUUUAACAAAUAUGUUUGUUUUUUCGCCUUCAUCUUCCUGAUUUCUCGUAUGUUUUGACUGCCAAAUAAUGUUUGACGAUCAUUUGAAAAACGGCUCUGAACGACAGAUAUGAGGUAACUUUAACAGCUUUAAAUUUACAGAAAACGCUGAGUUACUCAAAGGUACUGUCUAGACAGUGCUGAUUAGUGAUUAUACAUUUUAGUCAGUGCAGUCAGUACCUAGUCACUCCCAAAACUAGAAGAACAACACAAAGUUAGGUUAAGGCUCGUCUCUUCCCCUCUCCUAUGACCUACCAAACGAAUUCGGAACAAAAUGGUAUUUUACGUCAUUACUAUGACGUUGCAGGUACCAAUUGGUUAACCAAAUGGUAUACCAACCAAAGCUUGCCUAAAUCGCCUCAAGAGAAGUAGGUAUGUACUCCAAGACUCAAGCAAAAUCCCCACCAAAUGACACACUGUCCUCAUUUGCAGCUUCUCAGUAUUCUCAACUUUAGCUUUUAGAAAGAAUAUGCAGUUCUGAAUCUUAUAUUCUCAAUCCAAUUUUUAUACGAAUAAUUAUUGAUAAAUUCAUGCAACUCUUAUUUCCAUAUGCAGAAGAAAUAAUCAUAUUUGAAUCCUAAAAGUAGCAUCAUCCCAGACUUGACAGAUUGAUGAACGUUAAACCUUUAUGAAAGCUAUUAGAAUUUAAAGUUGAGGUUGCUCCAACAGCAGGUUCUGCUUUCAUGAGAGUUUUAAUCGAUUUUAUACUAUCAAAAAAGGGCUUAGUACUACAGUACUACAUAAAAAAUUAAUUGAGUGUAGAACUUCACCAAUCUAAUUGUUAUUACCAAAUUAUAUGUUCAGCUUUCAGAUGUGAUUUAAGGUUUGCGAGUAGGGGCUUUGCCACCUUGUGAGGAUUCAGCCAGUAAAAAAAUCACAAGAAUACUGUUUGACCCAAAUUAACCAAACUUGGUACCUACGAAAAUAACUUCGGUGGAGAUCUGCUAUUAAUUUUUUGGAAUUCAUUGUCCAAUGAUAAUAACCUUCUGGACAAUUGCUUUCGAGCAAACGGAAAAUUUCGCCUAACUUCCAAGCUUGAUAUUUUUGGAACCAAAAAACCGACCUCUACUAGUUUCCAUAUAGAAUUUUUUUUCACAAAAAGUCAAUCUGUCAGCCUGUGAAAACCGGAGGUCGAUAUUUGGUCUGGUUCCAAGAAUAUUGAGCUUGAAAGUUAGGCGAAAAAAUUUCCUUGCUCGAAAGCAGUUUAGUUAUAACACAAAAAUAUACAUUUUUAGGUAGGUACCUUAUGCGAUGCAACAUGCUUUAGAAGAUAGCGAAUAGCAAUAAUGUCCUACUUUUCAGAAAUUUCUUCUUCAAAUCCAUCAAUAUCUGGAUGAAAUCGUCUAAGAUCUGCAAGUCCAUCUAGUUCGUCUCCAUCAUAGAAACAUUAAAAACCACAGCCUCACAGCCAAUAAAAACUCGAAUAAUUUUUCAACAAACUUAGGUGGCACAUUAUAAGUAUAAGAUAUCUGUAGGUAUUAACUUAUUUUUCUUACAAACAAAAAAUAGGAAUUCACAAAGAACAUUUUUUUGACAGUAACAAAUCUAGUCAGAAUACGUUUGUACUGUGGAUUUUACUACUGGAAAAUAUUGUGAAUAAUAAAUAUGUUGUAAGAUU